UGCUUACGACGAAUUUCCAUUGGCAAGCAGAAAACUCACCAUUCUUAUUGUUUUUCUCUCUUGCUUCCGUUACGGAGCACGACGGCCGUAGAAGGCUAAAACCUUACGUGUUUGCAGUGUAGAGUGAAUCGACGGUCCAUCAGAUUCCUGAAAUUCCCAAUUAUACUCUUAUCUGUUUCGAUCUAUCUUUUAUUUGUUACUAAAAUGGUUUACAUAACUUCGUGGGACGAGUUCGUUGAGCGAUCGGUGCAGUUGUUCCGUGCGGACCCUGAUUCUACACGGUAUGUCAUGAAGUAUCGACACUGUGAUGGAAAAUUGGUACUCAAGGUCACUGAUAACAAAGAGUGUCUCAAGUUCAAGACAGACCAGGCACAGGAUGCUAGGAAGAUGGAGAAGCUAAAUAACAUUUUCUUCACUCUGAUGUCUCGGGGCCCAGAUGCUGAUAUUUCAGAAGUUACAGGAAAAGAACAGACAGAAUCGCAGCCAGGGAAGAAAGGAAGGGGAAGGAAACAAUAACUUUGUUGGCGGCUAACCCAAGUGGAUUUUGGACUUCUGUGUUGCAUGACUCGUGGAUGAAUUAAAUGAAUUUUUUGAAUCAUAUUAAGAUUCCAUGAGAUGGAUUAACAUAUAAAUGCCAUUUUUUAGGGAUUCCUUUAACAAAAUGAUGGGAUUUCCCCCUUCUUUUUCCGUUACCUUGCCAUGAUUUUAUCUAACAUUACCUCUUCUUUUUUGGUUCA